AUGGUCAGCUCCUGUUGUGGUUCCGUCUGCUCUGACCAGGGCUGUGGACUGGAGACCUGCUGCCGCCCCAGCUGCUGCCAGACCACCUGCUGCAGGACCACCUGCUGCCGCCCCAGCUGCUGCCGCCCCUGCUGCUGCCUGCGUCCAGUCUGUGGCCGAGUCUCCUGCCACACCACUUGCUAUCGCCCAACCUGUUCCUGCUGCAGCCCCAACUGCUGUCAGACCACCUGCUGCAGGACCACGUGCUGUCGUCCCAGCUGCUGUGUGUCCAGCUGCUGCAGGCCCCAGUGCUGCCAGUCUGUGUGCUGCCAGCCCACCUGCUGCCACCCCAGCUGCUGUCAGACCACCUGCUGCAGGACCACCUGCUGCCGCCCCAGCUGCUGUGUGUCCAGCUGCUGCAGGCCCCAGUGCUGCCAGUCUGUGUGCUGCCAACCCACCUGCUGCCGCCCCAGCUGCUGCAUCUCCAGCUGCUGCCGUCCCUCUUGCUGUGAAUCCAGCUGCUGCCGCCCCUGCUGCUGCCUGCGUCCAGUCUGUGGCCGAGUCUCCUGCCACACCACUUGCUAUCGCCCAACCUGUGUCAUCUCCACCUGCCCCCGCCCCUUGUGCUGCACCUCCUCUUGCUGCUGAACCCCCUGCCCUGGCUCACCUCCCACUUCACCGCUGGCCCACAGAUGUAGACCCUUCUUCUGUGCUGGCUAUGAGGACACAUGGAGUGGGGUUGAUGUCAUUCAGCAGGGUUGUUUCCAAUGAGCCCAUCACCAUCCCGCUGACUCUGUGAGAACAUUCUGGUUCAUUGUAAACUCCCUCCCUUGCUUUCUUUUUCUUCCAGUCAUGGCACCAAAUGUGAAUUAAUUUGUAAUUCACUAGCUAAGAAAUUAUUCCAAUCCUCUAAAUUCCUCAUUUUUUAAAUCAUUUUGAGCCGAUAGAGUAUCCUUCCCAAUGAGGUAGACAUUAUCUCCCUAUCAAACAUUAUUUGUCUGUCAGCCUUUCAGUCAUUCUUUCCUCUUGCAAAGCUAGGAGGCUUUGCCUCCCAUGCUCUCCUGCUUUCUCCCUGCUCUCUCUUUGCCUUUCUGUUUGAUCACGUUUGCCAGCAUUUUUCUAUUUUAUUAGUUCUUUAUUGUGUUCACAAAAUAUAUUUUAUUAAACUUUUCAUGUAGAAA